AUGACAGAUUUUCUGGAAUUUGAAAUUUGCUUUUUUUACAUUUUUGUUGUAAAACCAUUUUUAACAACGUUAUACCUCAUUAUGUAUGAUAUCAAUUCUAUUUUCUCUAAAUCAGUAAGGAAUCAAAACAAUCUGUCACUAAGGUCUGAAAUUCCUUAUUUGGGUUAUUUGGUGGCUUUUAGAAUGACUCAAAAUAUUCUUGUAUCGAUUGCAGGAAGUCGUGCUACUGGAGUCUACGAUACUGGAUUGAAAAUUAAAGAAGGCUUGAAGAGGCUAUUCCCACAUGAUAUUAAGGUUUUGGAUUUGGAUUCCAUGACCAAUGAUGGUGAACGAGCCUACAAUGCUAAAGACUACGAUUUUGUAAAGAUCCAACAAAGCACUAAAACCUCGAACAAGAAGCUCCAAAUCGUACUUCUAUGUGGUUGCUACGCUCUAUAUGACAAGGACAUUAACCAAUCUUCAAACUUGAAGGUUUUCUUGGAUGCAGAGGGAGACAAAAGGCUGAUAAAGUUAAUCCAAAACAAGAAAGUUAAAACUGGCUCGGAAUUAGCUACCACCAUCUCCGAAUACCUCGACUUCCUGAGGCCAGAAUAUCAUAGUUAUAUCGAACCUACCAGGGCAUUCGCCGAUCUUAUUAUCCCGGCUGCCAACGAGGCCAUAGGCACGGCUAUUAUUAUAGAUGGAAUAGUGAAAGUUGUCGAAGAGCUGCAAGGCGGUGGCGUUACCCAUGGAAAGAAGUUGUUUCCGCACUUAGACUUCCAAAUGGAAAGAAUGGAUGUUGAGAAGGGGAGAUACUACGAUCUAAGUUGA